ACGAACAUGCAUAAAGUCGAUUUCUUGACAUCUGUUUAGAGGUGAAAAACAGGACAAGUGCCGCAAUGAGUCUCUCCGCUAAAGACAAAGCCGUCGUCAAAGACCUUUGGGCCAAGAUCGCUCCAAAGGCUGAUGAAAUUGGAAGUGAGGCACUUGGCAGGCUGUUCGAGGUCUAUCCUCAGACAAAGACCUACUUCGCUCACUGGUCUGAUCUUCAUCCUGGAUCACCCCAGGUGAAGAAGCACGGAGCCGUAAUUGUAAGAAAAGUUGGAGAAGCUGUUGCCAACAUCGACGAUCUUACUGGAGCUCUAAGCUCACUAAGCGACCUGCAUGCUUUCAAGCUCCGUGUUGACCCUGCUAAUUUCAAGAUCCUGGGCCAGACCUUGAAGGUGAGCAUUGCCUUGUACUUCCCUGGGGAAUUCACUCCUGAAGUUCACUUGUCUUUCGACAAGUUUCUUCAGAACGUGGCCUUAGCUCUGUCUGAGAAGUACCGCUAAAUGAUGUACCAGUAUCAGAAGACAUCAUAUAAAUAACAUCCAUAAAUGUUAUUGACAAUAAACAAAAUUGAACAAUA